GUGUGCUCGCUGUGCCUUUAAGGUCUGUCAGUUUCUGUUUCGUUCCGCGGGUCCGCCAUCAUGGAGCCGCAACCCGACAGCCUGGAGGGCUGGGUGGCCGUGCGGGACACCGCCUUCAGCGAGCCCCAGCCGCCGCCGCGGCUCCGCUUCCUCGUGGCCUGGAACGGCGUGGAGGGCGCUUUCGCCGUGACCUGCCACGGCCGGGCGGAGGCGGCGGCUCAGGAGCCGCAGAGCUGGGCCGGUCUCUUCUCGGCGUCGGCCCUGCGCGGCAUCCACCAGCAGCUCUCAGCCGUCUGUCCGCGCCUGGAACACGCAUUCCCCGCGCUGCCGUCCACACUGCCCGGCGUCGCCACCGGCGGGCUCUGGGCUGUUCUGUUUCCCGGCGGCACGGUGCCGAGCGAGGCUGAGGUGCAGGAGCUGUGCCGGGAGCUGGAGCUCUAUCUGGGUUGGGCCUUGGAGCUCUGCGGCGGCCGUGUGGUACUGGACACCCUCUUCGCCGCCGACCGCCACCGCGACGAUGAGUAUUUCGAGAGUCUCCACGAGCUCCACGCGAAGGCCCUGCGCGGCCACCUGGCCCGGGCCAAGGAGGCCCUGAGGCGGAUUCUUCAGCAGCAUAAAAGUGCUGACACAAUGGUCGCUUUGAUGAAGGUUUAUGAAGAAGAAGACGAAGCUUAUCAGGAUUUGGUCACCAUGGCAACACAAUUCUACCAGUAUUUACUGCAGCCCUUCAGAGAUAUGCGAGAGCUGGCGACACUGUACAAACUGGAAAUCCUGAAAUCUUUGCAGUAUGAUAAUUUGGGGCCUAGAAGAGUAGAAGCUUUGCAGAAAGAUGCUGAAGUAUGGACUAAGCGAGCUGAGAAUGCUGUGUGCUCCAUUCAAGAUAUCACUGUGAACUACUUCAAGGAAACUUCAAAGGCUCUGACAGGAAUGCACAAACAGAUGGAACAAGAUCAAGAAAGAUUUGGUAAAGCCACCUGGGCAUCAGCUUUGCCACGACUAGAAAACCUGAAAUGUAUGUUAGCUAAAGAAACUCUUCAGCAUCUGAGGGCUAGAGAGUUGUGCCUGAAACACAAGAAAGCUGGCAUUCAGAAAAACAUGGAGAACCUCAGUGAACAAGAAGAGAACUUAACUGUAGUGGAGGAGCUGGAAGUACAGUAUUAUGAAGUGCAGCUGGAAUUAUAUAAUGUACAGCUUGAAAUAUUGAAACAUGAAGAGAUGCUGCUUAUUGUACAGACGGACACUUUAAGGAGACAGAUUCAAGAGAAACAGGAUGAAGUUGUUUACUAUGAUACAUGUGAAAAUCCUGAGGAGCUCAAGGUCAUUGAACAGACAAUGGGACAACAUUACGCUAACUUGUCAGAAAUGAUGAUGCUGAGGCAGAAGACUAAGCAGUUGGAGACAAAGCGUGGGACUGUCUGUGCGAGGAGAGCCUACCUCAGGAACAAAAAAGAUCAAUGUGAAAUAAACCAUCAGCAGAGAUUGCAACAGGCAGAAGAGAGCAAAAAACGCUUCCAGCAGCAUCACAGCAUACAGAUAAAGAGAGACAAGCAAAAAGAAGAGGAGAAAAAGAAAAAAGCAUGGAUAAGCCAGGAACGUCAGAAAACACUGGAGAGGCUGAAAGCAUUCAGGGAGAAGCGUCCAGCUCAUGUUGUUCUGAAAACAUCUCGUCCUCUGCCUCUCAGUCCCAAGUUGCCACAAAGCAUCACUCAACAGGUUGCAGUACGGUCCCCUCCACCUUUGUUGAGAGCAAGGGCAGCUCUAGAGCAGCCAAAGAGUAUACUGCUAGUAGAAGCCCAGGAAUCAAAAGCUUUGCAACAAAAUACCCCAGCAGAUACCCCUGUCCAGAUUCUUGUUACUUGUGGUGACACAGAGGAGCAGAAGCACAGUGAGGGAUUGAUGGACUCUCCAUCCUCAUCACCACCACCUCCUCCAUCCCCCCCUCCUCCCCCACCUCCCCUACCUCCCCCACCUCCUCCCUUACCUUUCCAACCCCAUCUUCCCCCUCCUCCCCCCCCACCUCUUCAGUUAAAGACACCAUCAGCAACAGAGGAUAAGCCACUUCCUCUCAGCUCCAAUAACCCCAGUGCACUGCACAGACAGGAUGACUCAUCUGGAAGGUCUAUAAAUGAUUGCAUAGGUUCCAUGGAUGAGGUUUUGGCUUCUCUAAAACGCGGUGAAGUUCAUCUUCGCAAAGUGGAACAGUCUGAUCCGUAUGCCUCUGUGAAGGACAACAUCCUCUCUGCUAUAAGGCAGGGAGUUAAACUGAGAAAAGUGAAUCGACAUACUGAGAAAGAUGUCAGUAAAGGACCCCCUAAUGAUUUUGAGAGAAGCAUUAAGGCAGCCAUCCAGAGAAUUAAGAAAGUGUCUGCUGAUUCUGAAGAAGAAGAGAACAAUGAUCAGUAUAAUGGAGAAUGGGACAGCUAGCCAGUUCAGUGAGAUAGACUUAGUGACUGGAACAGAGUGUGUGUCUCAUUUUGCACAUUGUAGAAGACUGUCUCUUUCAAAAUGGAAGAACAGUGUGGUUGUGUGAGUGCUCUUUUCAUAGUCCAAAAUGUCUAGUAAAGUAAAAGAAUCCUAUUGAAUUUCUAUAGGACCUGCAGAUUCUUACUUUUGCAUGAGAAAUCGUACUCCAAAUUGUGCUUGCAUUAAUAGAUAUUUCUGGCUCAACCGUGUAGGGUUUUCACUUCAGCUAUCUGACGAUCAGCUGAAAUGUUGGAUUGAAAUGUACAUUGUUACCGCACAAUAGGUAAUGCCAUUACAACAAAGUUUGAAGAGUGAUAACUUAAAGUCUACUUUGUCAGAUGGAAGCAGAACCAAAUCUGUGGUGACAGAGGCAGAUCAGAAAACUUUACAUAAUCUGGAACCUCGUAUUCCUACCUCCAUUGUCCAGAAAAUUCUUUAACAUUUUGUUUGUCUAAUACAGCUCACUCCCAAAUAAUCCAUGGAUAGUCAAUUUAUCAUUUUGUUAUAAAGAGUGUGUUCAUGAAUGGGCUUGAUAAUGCUGAAUAGGAAAAUUAGUAUGAAGUUUGAAACUAUUGUAGUAAUUACUGAACAGUUUACUUUCUAGCUGGACAUUUAAAUACAGAAUAUUUUUAAAUGCUAGAUGUUUUUUCUACAUCUAGAAGGAACCGUUGGCAGGAAAGAGACAAAAUAUUGUGUAUAAUAUUUUCUGGGAUCUAGCCCUGUAGCCCAGAGCUGCAUUUCUCCACUGCGCACAUCAAUACAUGAAUUUGUACUCUCAUGAAUUUAAAUUACCUGAUAGCCUUAUAAAUGUCAGGGAUGUGCAUUGUGCCUGUGACCUGACUAUUUAAAAAUUCACCUACGUUCAAUUUAGAGACUGUUUCUGGGUGGAUAGUGAUAAAGAAAGAUUCAGUUUCUUUUGGAGUUCAUACUGACCCUUAAUAAACAUAUAUCCUGAUGGAAGGAGUGGAUUCAGUGUGCUGUCAUUUUAGGAUGCAGCUGUGAACUAAGCACUUAGCCCGUGGUAUUCUGGGUUUUGAUAGCAAGUGGCAGCUACACAGCAACUGUGCUUUCUCACUAAUGGUUUAUGUAAAUGCCCUUAUUUUCUCAAAUAUUUAUGAAUUGUAAUUUGGUAACAAAAUUGCAAAUCCAGUGCUUUAAUUCCCUGUUUUACUAUAGAAUAGCAAAUCUGUUUAAU